UCUCUCUCUUUCAUUCUGGAACUGCAGAUCUGAAGAACCAAAUCGAUCAAUCUAAAACCACAGAAAUCAACUGCUAGCAGUUUCUACUGAAAUCCAACCAGGUUUUAUGUUGUAAUAAUCGUUUCGUUUCAGUUUAUGGUUUCUAGGGUUUUACGAUUUUAGAUGUUUUUUUCGAUUUUAGGGAUUUUGAUUUCAGUUUUUCGAUUUCGGUUUUUCGAUUUCUUCUUCUCUUUCGAAUUUAGGGUUUCAUUUUGUGAAGAAAGAGAUCAAGGGUGAAUCGGGGGAGAAAUGGAAGAUGGUGGUCGCUGUCAUUGAUGUAUUUUCUGAUUGGAGAAUUAGAAAUCAGAAGAUGGUGGGUCAAGAUGUAUCUGAAAGCUGAAAAACAAGGGCAAAGAUGGGUUUGCUGUGAAGAGAUUAAUAAUGGGUUUUCCAAUUUAAGACACUGAGUGUAUCUAGAACUCAAGAAAGGAGGAAAAAUGGGUCUGUUGAGUUGAUUGAGAUGUUGAACAAUGAAAUUUUAGAGUUUAUAUGGCUGGAGAAGACAUGGGUUUUGGUUUGUGUGGGUGUUGAACAGAGUAGAGAUGCUAAAUCGGUUAGCUGGAAGAUGCUGUUGUUGCCGUUGUUUGAGAUGAAUGAGAAUUGAUGAUGUUAAUGAUUCGAGGGCCUGAGGCUGAUGAGGAAAUAUGACUUUGAGUUGUGAUGAUGUAGUUAACAGGAAGAUGAAACGGUGUUGUGGUUGCAGUGAAGGUGAUAUUGUGAAUGGAAUGGAGGAACAGAGAAUGGUGAUGCUGCUAUUUUUGUGGUUUGAGCAACAGAUAAUGCUUGAAAUGAUGUUGCAGGGAAGACAGCUGGUGUUGCAGUGGAUGCUGUGGUAGAUGUCUAAUUGAUAACAGAGAGGAAAUCAAUCAGGAAGGUGGUUAUCUGAAACUACUGUUGUGUAUGGAGGAGAUUAAUGAAGGACCAGUUGAGCAUGCCAGAAAUACAACCCUGGGACAAGAAUCAAAAGGUCCAGAAUUUGAUAGAAUACUGCAGUUAUAUAAGACGUUGUAUAGACGCCCCUUAAUCAAGCGAAUAGCAAUGGACAAGGUAGCAUGGAUCCUGAUAACUUGGGAAUUGGCGGCUAGGUUUAAGAUGAGGAUAACUAACUCCCAAGGACUGUUCAUUUUUGCUGUAUGCUGGAAGGAUAAAUUCCAUGUGCUUUUAAUGAUGUUACUGCCAUGUUCUGUCAUCUACACCUCUUCAUGCCGCAUGAACACAAACUUAAAGGUUUCAAGUAGGCUUUAAGUUGUUCCCAGGGACUUUAAGUUGUUCUUAGUGCUGGUUGGUGCCAGUGGUGGCGGAGUCAACGGAAGCCAAGGGGGAAUUUUGGUUCUGGCUGCCAUAGCCUUGCUAUCACAAGUAGGGUUGUGACUCCGACUAAACUUAUCCGCAAACAACCAGCUAAAUGCAUUUGGUGCAGUGGGUGGCUACCCCAGAUCAGUCUAAUCAGGACAUCUCAGACGAGAAAUUUUUUACAGUUAUCUGUAACUUUGA